UUUCUAAAUGUCAAAAUAAAAAAAGCCGUUGGUGCGAUUGUUUUGCAAAUUGUGAUUUUCGAUUUAUUUAUUUUAAUUAUAAGUUGUUAGAAAUGGCUACUUUGGACCUGAAUUCAAUAAAAUCAGCUUUAAAUGAUACAAAGAAUGAGAAAUGUGAAAGUGGUGUAGAUUUCUCUGGAAAGUCAAUCAAACUAAAUACAGCUGCCGAUGCUCAACCAAUAGUGGAUGCCAUCAACCAGUGCCCACACCUGCACCACCUGACGCUGACAGGCAACACGCUGGGCGUGGAGGCAGCGCACGCCAUCGCCAAGGCACUUGAAAGCCACCCCGAGCUGAAGCUGGCGCGCUGGUCCGACAUGUUCACUGGGCGGAUGAAGACGGAGAUACCGCCUGCUUUGGCGGCGCUAGGCGACGGCAUGAUCACCGCCGGGGCGCGGCUCCGUGUGCUGGACCUCAGUGACAACGCGUUCGGACCGAUAGGAGUGGAGGGGCUGGCCAAGCUGCUGCAGAGCGAGGUGUGCUCGGAGCUGGAGGAGCUGCGCCUCAACAACAACGGCCUCGGCAUCUCGGGCGCGCGCCUCCUGGCCGCCGCGCUGUCGCACCGACCCCCGCGCCUCAGAGUGUUCAUAGCGGGCAGGAACCGCCUCGAGAACGACGGCGCGACUGCACUGGCCGCCGUGUUCUCUAAAAUGGGUUCCCUGCAAGAGCUAGCGCUCCCCCAGAACGGUAUCUACCACGCGGGCGUGGCGGCUCUGUCGGGCGCGCUGCGGCGGAACCCGGGACUUUCUGUGCUCAAUCUUAACGACAACACUAUUGGGGCUAAGGGUGCAGACGCGCUUGCUGGUGCGCUUCCCAGCCUAAAACAGCUGAAAGAGAUCAACUUCGGCGACUGUCUGUUGAAGAGCAAGGGCGCGCUGGCGCUCGCCGCCGCGUUCAAGGACGCCGACCUGCCGAUAGAGCGCCUGGAGCUGAGUCACAACGAGAUCGGGCGCGCGGCGUGCCAGCAGCUCGCGGCCGCGCUCGCGCCGCGCCCCGCGCUCGCGAAAGUAGUACUAGCAGGCAACAGUCUGGGCGGCGCGGACAUGAAGCGUGCGCUGCGACAGACGCUGGGCGCCGCAGCCGAGCUCAGCGACGGGGAGCCCAGCGACGAGGAGUAUGUAACAGGCUCGUCAGAAGAAGAGAGUGGCUCAGACGAGGACGGUUCAGAAGAAGAAGACGCAUCGCAAGAACCGACCGUGGUGGACCCGCAGGAUCUGUCCGCCGUCAGUCUGGACAACUCGGGCGUGGAGGAGGUGGAGUCGCCCGCAGCCAGGUUCCUGCAGCAGCCGUCUCUGAGCAACAUGCUGGCUCUCGGAGCUCAGCCUGAUGAGACGCUCGACCAGCAUCUACAGAUAAUCAAGGACCCGUCCGCCCGCAUCACGGCCUACUCCUCCGCCGUCUUAUCCCUAUCCGGGCUGGGCACGGACGCGGCGGCGGCGGCGGCGCGGCGGAUGUACCGCGCGCUUUGUGCGAGGGCGAACGCACAUAGUGGGUUGCAGUGGGGGCUCGCUAAUGCGCUGUUGGCCGGGCUGGGGCUUAUUAAGUCCGAGAACAAAUCCGAGCAGAUCUCGUGGUCCCUCCCCCCCUGCUACUCCGUGCUCGCGUCCGUCAUCGCUGAAGACUACUUCCCGACCGGACUCAGAGACACGUUGCGUUUCUUUAUAAGUUCCAAGAAGAGCCAGUUGAGGGAAUUGGGGGUGGAUCUGGAGAAAUACCCGCAGCUCACGGAUAAUAAACAAUAAUUUAUGGUUCA